AGGCGCAGCCGGGGCAGCUAAAAAGGUCCUUCCUCACUGUGAGCGUCCAUGCUGCUUGAUACAUGUGAGAGAUUCCUAAUUUCCUACACAGCAAACCUUGUGAGUAUAUAUACACAGUAUACACCUCCCAUAUACCCUCACUGACACAGCACACAGGCAUACAUACAGACACCCCCACAGGAUUUAUUGAGGGACCAGGGGGGAGGGGGGGCUAGUCUCUAAACAGUGAAUUGUAAAAUAUACAGGUUUAUUUACUAAAGUGAGAAUUCAAAGCGAAUUUCUAAUUAAAGGUAAAGUUGGCCAAACUGCACAAGCCCUCUAAGUCAGCUCUGCUUUCAGUUCUGAUACUAUGGCCUUAAAUUUGAAAUUCACUUUAAUGUGUCACUGUAGUGAAUAGCCAGCAAGCAGCUACGUAUCCGUAGUCGAGGAGGGGAGUGGUGUCUCAGAAGCGGGGUCAGCAGUCAAACCGUUUGUGUACGUUUUGAUUGCGGUCAUUAGAAGCGCCAGGGCUUUUUGGGCACAAUAACCGCUACAGCGCACUGCCAUCGUUAUAAUGAUAGGAGUUUUCCUUUAGUUUUGUUUUUCAGACAUUUGUUUAGUGUAAUGGGAUAAAUAAACAGAAUGUAAAAGAUUUGGGGAAAUUAUAGUUCCUCAUUAACCACUGUAACCGUAGGAAUACAUAUCUGUAUUCCUAACACUACAGUCUUUGUGUGCCUACUUAGUUCAGUCACCCUGUGUUAAAAAUAUUUAACAAAUAAAAAUAAGUCACCUUCUUUCCAGCGCCCUGUAUCCCUCAACACUGCCUCCUCCCCGUGUGAUGACAGUCAAAUCCAAUGCUUCUCCUAUUGGUUACCAUAAGUGCAUGCAUGGCACUCUCUGCGAUGUCUAUAUUUCUGCCAUAGAGAAUUAUUGAAUACAUUGACUCUCUAUGGCAUACUGUGAUGGCACUGUGCAUAUGUGCAAGAUGUCACGGUAUGAGAGCCAGAAAGUAAGUGCUGGCUAUCAUAUCUGAAGGGCUUGGAGGUGUGGCUUGAAGCUGUGUUUCCAAGUCCAAUUAUUAAAAUAAAGAGUUUUGAGGGUAGGACUGAAGGCACUAUAUAAACUUUAGUUAAAAUUCAGUUUUUAUAAUGCCUGUAAUGUUCCUUUAAGCAAUGUGAACAGGUGACAUCAAUAAGCUCCCCACCAUAAAAACGUAUAGAUUUGAUCCCAAUGGUCCCUGUUAUUCUGUUACAGCUGGAGUGUAACAGGCCUAAAACGGAAUUGAAGAGUUGAUCAUAGCACCAUGAUCACUCCAGGGAUUUGAAGUGGUCAUGGUGCUUUCAUUACAUUGGAACGGUUCCAGAGUACUCCUAUCAUAAUAUUUACCAAAGUAAACCUUAAAGUAUCUUAAACUUUUUCAGAGAGAGGAAAAAGAAUGUCCCCACCCAGGCAGCUUAUUGUUCUGAUUCGUGUAAAAAUACUUUUUUCUUUCUUUCAGUACUACAAUAAUAAACUGUUUACAUUUACAUACUGGAAUAAAUAAUUUAUUUUAUUCACUCUACAAAAAAAAAAAAAAAAAUAGUAGACACACAUAUACCCUUCUCCACUCAUGCAUUUACCUGUUUCCCCCCUCUCUUUCUUUCCCCUUUGCUCCCAAUGAAAUCUCUGUCAUUUACUUUUAUAUUUUCUGUUCAGUGUUGAUAAUAUUCUGCCAGAGAAUUGUGUCAUAAUGCAGAGGAAGAAGAUUGAUAAUCGCAUCCGGGUGCUCAUCGAGAAUGGCGUCAGUGAAAAACACAGGAACUUGUUUGUGAUUGUUGGAGACCAUGGAAAAGAUCAGGUGAGGAAACACAACACAGGAGCUCGAUACAUAUUGAAUGUCAUGUGUGAGGAUUUAACAUUGUGACACUGCAGACCAUGAAAAGUUCUAAAAAUCUGGAGAAAUCAUCAGUGGUUUGUUUGUUUGCUUUUGUUUAGUUUUCAUUUGCUUCCAUGGUGACUACUCUACUCUAUUUUUGGAAUCUUGCAAUAUUUUUCUUUAUGCUUAAAGGUCAACUGUCACCUCAAAACUAAUUUUUAAAGGGAUUCUUUAGUGUCAUGAAAAUAUUUUUUUUUUUUCUGGCACUAUAGACCCCUACAGUGACCCCCUCCAGCAAUGCUGAUGGGGUUAAACCCCUUAGGUCACUUACAUGAAUCUAGCGUCAAUGUCCUGAGUGCUGGGUCAGGCUCUGCCCACGAUCCUCCCCGUGCCGAGUGACACGGGAAGACCACAGAAACUGUCAGAUUAAAACACAUUUGGACCUAAGGUGUACAGAUGCUCCUCACUUACCGACCUGGUCGUAAAAUGAAUUGGUUGGUGAGGCGCAUGCGCACCAGUGCAGGUCUAUAUUCGGGGAAAUUUCUCUGAACGUAUACAUACGCACCAGAGCAGGGAAUCCCUCUAAUCUAUGUGCGGGGAAAAUUCCCUAAACAUAGACCAGCUCUCUAAUGUGGGGAAUCCCUUGAAUCCUCACGCUAGAGAGCUGGUAGUAAGCGUAAGCCGUCGCAAAAUGAAGACCACCUGUAUAUGGCUGGAGGAUCCUGUCGUACACUAAAGGUAGGGAUGAGUUUUUCUUGUGUAUAUAAUUUAAACUAUUUCCUUUCAAAACUUUAUGAAAUGAUCAUUUAUAUUAAAAGUGAGGCGACUGUUGUCCUUUAACUGUCACUGUUUCUAACAGGCAACUGUGUUUUUGCAAUAAUCAUUUAUAGGCUCACAAUGGGCGACCUGUGGAAAUGAAACUUUGUUGCUAUUUUCAUGAGAGAUUUCACAGGCUACCUUUUGUGGUAGUGGUGUUGUGUUAUCUAUUGAUAUCUAAAAUACUUGUUAUUCAGAAUAUGCCACUUCACGGUUAUGUCGUUUUGUUUUUCCUGUUAUGUGACCAUUGUUACCAUUUGAUAUACCACAGUGAUUAUGGGAUGUUAUUUCUGUUUGUGUAUCAACUCUUAAACAGACUUUCAGUCACAAAUAAAACUAGUUAUUAAACUGUGUCCGAUCCCCAGUUUCCAUUUUAGCAUCAUACGAAAGGCAGAUCACUUUUCUGAAGAAAAAAAAAAAAAAAAGGUCUGGAAAUGCUUAUUACUUGUGAGCUGAAUGUGAUAAAUGCAUUCUAUUGAUAAUUCAUACAAAAAGAUACAUUAUAAACAUGGCAUGUUUGAAGGCUCCACUUCUGCUGUAAAUACCAUGGCUUAAUGCAACAAGCUCUGCCCAUAACUGUAAGUGGUUAAAGUAAUUGGACGGUUCCAGCGUAUUUUGAUGGGAUGUGGAUAUAUAACUUACAGAGACAUUCUCAGCACCAUGACCACUGUAUUCAUUGUAGGAGUUAUGGUACAAGCAGAUUCAGACAUUGUCCAUUGAUUCUAUGUCAAAAAAAAAUUUCUAGCACAAACUUAAGGUCUCCCGGCUGCCCAUGACUUGUCUUUCACUUAUCACAUUGUCAAUGCAGAAGUUACACGUCCACAUUAGCAAAGUCCAUUUCAUCCAAAUUUUAAAUGGCAUUAAUUGUGUUCAAGCAUCAGCUGAGGCACUCAGUCUGUACGAUCCCCUUGGCUUGGUUGGUUUGCAUUUGUUCUCGCUGUGGAAAGAACGUAAGAUUCAUCCUAAUGGAAUUCUUGGACAUCUUGCUGUGUAGAACCCCCAGUAUUUUGUUCAAAAUUGCGGAGAUGGGAUUAUUCUGCAUAUGGAUUAUUUGUUAUUAAAUGGACACUAUUGAGUCACCCAUACCACUUCAGCUUAAUGGUGUGGUCUGGGUCCCAGGUCCCCCAGGUUUUAACCCUUCAGAUGUAAACAUAGUUUCAGAGAAACUGCUAUGUUUACAUUGCAGGGUUAAUCCAGCCUCUGGUGGCUGUCUUUCUGACAACCGCUAGAGGCGCUUCUGCAACGCUGGGUGCGAAAAUCGCAUUCAACGUGCAGAAUGUCCAUAGGAAAGCAUUGAGAAAUUGUUUGAAUGCCGUGCAUGCGCAUUCCGCUCCACCCAGAACCAGACGUCGGCAUGGGAGGAGAGGUCACCAGCGCUGGAUAAAGGUAAGUGGCUGAAGGGGUUUUAACCUGAGGGUGGGGUGUACCUAAGAGUUAUAUAAUGUCAGGAAAAUGAGUUUGUUUUCCUGACACUAUAGUGAUCCUUUAAUUAUAUUUUCGAUUACUUCUUGAUCUCUUUGGAAUUGGUGAUAUUAAUGACAGAUGAACCUUCAUUGUUUUAAAACUCUCUCGUCAGGUGGUCAUUCUCCAUCACAUGCUGUCUAAAGCCACCAUUCGUGCUCGUCCGUCCGUACUUUGGUGUUACAAGAAAGAACUGGGCUUCAGCAGGUAACUAUUCACUUAGUAUCUUUUUUUAUUACCAACUGAUAAUGCUCAGGAGUUGUUAGAAUAGAUGGAGCUGGAACCAGUCUCUCUAGUGUUUCUAACUGAUUUUCCACAUUUUGUAGUCACCGAAAGAAACAGAUGAGAAAGCUUCAGAAGAGGAUAAAAAGUGGUUUGCUCAACGUGAAGGAAGAUGACCCUUUUGAGCUCUUCAUUGCAUCCACCAACAUCCGUUAUUGUUACUACAAUGAGACCCAUAAAAUUCUGGGAAAUACAUAUGGCAUGUGCGUCCUACAGGUGAGCAUGAAAUUCUGGAGCAUGUAAUAGAUCACCUGGAUUGCAAGGAAUGGGGCUUUGCAAGGUCAGCGCAUGCAAGAGACAGCUCAACUAAUAUUCUGCUUUGUGUUCGUAUUCGGUGCUGGUAAGUGGGAGCCUUCCUAAUGUCAUUAAGAGAGGACUGUAGUUUCAGGUGGAUCCACAAGUUCCUAAGUAAUGUAGAUCACAGCAAUAUUUCUAUAAUUUGUGUCUGAUUAUUCUUCUAGUCUAAAAACAAACAGGGCAAACAAAGUCAGUUUACUGGUUUAGAUCUGUCUUACAUGGUUAUGUUUUUGAUUAAUUCUACUGUUUUGUGGCUAUUGAUACAUCCUGAAAGAAUAAGAAAUAGGGAGGAAAGCUCUGUGUAAGGUAAUUAAAGGGACACUCUAAGCACACCUUAAGGUAAGAAUCCAUUGUUUGUAACCAAUUUGGCACUUACCUGUGUCUCGUGUGUGUGCCCCUCUUCAGAUAUCAUUUAAGCAGAAAUUCCUUCUUCCACAUUCAUAUCAAUUCUGUUUGUGUUUUUUGACGGAGAGCAUGAGCGGACUCUCUCGUCCAGUGAAUUCUAUCCAAAUUUAGUCCUUCUGCUCUGCAAAUAAAUAUGGGUUGCACCAGUGGACCCUUAUAACUAAGUGGCGAUUGUCAAAUUGUAUAAAAAUGGGUUGACUCGUACCUAGGUGAUGGCGCUAGAGGACUCCUGGCAUCGUAACCACUACAGCACAAUAUUUAUUUAGUUUUCGUUUUGUGAUUAGGACAAAACACGUCAGUCAGUGCUUGUCUGUUUUAUGUACAUCCCUUGCAUAGUUACCUUUUAUUUUACAUGUAAAACCUAAAUAAAACAAAAAUUGUUAAAUUUUAUAUUAAAUGAAACAGAAACUUCAAAGUUGUCAGCUAAACUACUAACCUGCUAAUGGUUCCUUUUUAGUUUAUUUAUUGUAUUGAAAGUAAACCGUAUCUGGCCUUUCUUACAUAAAUGUUUUUCAUAAAUCCAGUUUGUUGCUUGUAUUUAACAUGCACUUGGUAUGUAAUAUCCAGUUAAGGUUGUAAUUCAUUUAUAUGGCAAUUCUCAUGCUCCGUCUGAACCGGUGGUGCAUGCUGCAAGAGUAGUAAUGGAAAAAGCAAAAAAAAUAUAAAAAAAUUAACUUCAAGUAUUAUGAAAGUGUUUCAAGUAUAGAAAAUUAGGAUUCUUCAACGGCCUUUACUUCCCAUUGCUGGAACUAAUUACGUAGACUAUGACGUCUGUACUGUGAAUGCUCUUUGAAUAAAUUUGGGCAGCAAUAGUGUGCCCCUAUAACUAAUCUGCACUUUGUGGAUGGAUAUUUUGGGUUGCUAUAUUUUGUUUGCGGUUGGGGCUAUUGGUAUUGUGCUAUACCACACUUCUACAUCAUAGUUUUAAAAUAGUAGAUGCAUAGGGGCACAGUCUGUGUUGGUCUGUGCAAUUGUACCCAUAGUUUAUUCACCAGGUGUGUGUGUUUGUUCUUUUUUUUUUUUGCUCUAUUGUCAGGAUUUUGAGGCGCUGACUCCCAAUUUACUGGCUCGGACGGUAGAGACAGUAGAAGGUGGGGGGAUUGUAGUGAUUCUCCUUCGCACAAUGAGUUCUUUGAAGCAGCUGUACACAAUGACUAUGGUAAGUAUGGAGAGAGAGCGCAGAACAAUAUGUUGCACACCUGUGUGUAAAUUAUUGAGUUAAUGAUGUUCUAUGUUCGCGUAAAAAAAAAAAAAAAAAUGUAUGUCUAUUUGCGUGCAGUUCAAAGCAACAAGAGAUCUGUGCUGUUAAAAUGAAUAUAUAUAUAAAAAAUUAUUUUUUUUUUUUCUCCCCUCCAUUAAUCUAUCAAUAGGAAUUAUUAGCUCUAGUGAAUUUCUUUUCUAAAAAUCUCUGUUCUGUUUUUCAGGAUGUCCACUCAAGAUACAGGACAGAGGCACAUCAAGAUGUGGUGGGGAGAUUCAAUGAGAGGUACAUGUCCAUUUUUUUUAUUUUUUUUAUUUUGUAAUUAGAAAAAAAAAAAAAAAAUAUAUAUAUAUAUAUAUAUAUAUAUAUAUAUAUAUAUAUAUAUAUAUAUAUAUAUAUAUAUUUUUUUUUUUUAAAUGUGUCAUUUUUGUACUUCGUUUGUAUUUUGUGUUUGAUCAUUUACAUAAUCUCGUGUUCCAGUAGCAUUUCAUUUUUUUAUUUGAGCAAUCUCUCUUGCAAAUUAUGUCACAGCAGGCGAUAUGCCUACAGUUAGGCAUUUCUAGUCAUUUAUUGCCCUAUUUUAUUUAUGUUGAGUACUUAAUACGGGAAGAUAGGUCUGGUCUCAGCGUUUUGUGUAGCACAUACUAGGGUUCUUACCAUUAUCUCUAGACUGUAAGCUCAGAUGAAGAAAUAUUUCCACGCAUAGAUUAGAUCAGUGAAGAUUAAAAGAUCACUAUAGGGUCAGGAACACAAACAUGUAUUUUUUUUGUGGUGGCUUGCCUCCCUAUAAAAAGUUUAAAACUCACCUUAUUUCCAGUGCCGUGCAGGUCUGCCAGCGCUGGCUCCGCUCCCUUUGUAACAUAAUCGAAAUGGCCGAAUUUUCUUUUUUUUUUUUUUUUUUUUUUUGACAAUCCAAUGCUUUUCCUUAGGGAAAAUCGGCACGGGGCGAGCCAAAUGCAGUUUUGGCCAAUCAGGGACUACCUUAUAGAGAUGCAUUGAAUCAAUGCAUCUCUAUGAGGAAAAUUCAGCGUCCCCAUGCAGAGCACUGAGCCAGGAAGCCCCUCCAGUGGCCAUCUGAGGAGUGGCCACUUGAAGGUGUCCCUAAGGACAAUGUAAACACUUCCUUUUCUCUGACAAGGCAGUGUUUACAUGAAAAAAGCUUGAAGGUAGCUAUUAUAGUCACCAGAAAACUACAUUAAGCUGUUGUUGUUCUGGUGACUAUAGUGUCCCUUUAAUUUAUCAUUCUUUGACUUCCAGCUUUAAUAACCAGUAAUCGUGCAGAUUUUGGGUGAUGUAGGGAUAUCUCCAGAACUUACUGCAAGCUCUAUAUCCAAGAGAGGGUUUAUUUGAGCAUAUUUGUUCUUUGUUUGUUUGUUAGGUUCAUUCUGUCUCUGUCAUCCUGUAAGAAUUGCAUGGUCAUUGAUGACCAACUCAACAUCCUCCCAGUAUCUAGCCAUAUCUCCAACAUCAAGCCAAUCCCACCCAAAACACAGGUAUGAUAGUCCCUUCAUUCCAUUUUGUUUGCUUGUAAUCAGGUGACUGUUAUAGAACAGCAUGCAAGUGUCACUCAUCCCUUGUCUUAAUAGCAAUUAUACAACGUACUGUGUUCUUUUAUUUAACCUUAUCCUUUACUCAACCAUAUUCCUCAUAGGAACAAACCCUGACCCCCGAAGAGCAGGAAUUACAAGAUGUAAAGCAGAGUCUUCAGGACACACAACCAGUGGGAGUCCUGGUCGAAAAUUGCAAAACACUGGACCAGGUGGGGAUUUCUUAGAAACACAGGCUUCUGUUACAUGUGACGUCUCUAGAAUAGAAUAUCUUCAUUUUAUUGGAGCCAGAUUAAAAUAACUAAGCUAUUUAUGAGAUGCCAUAUGAUUUGACAUAACUUUAAAUAAGAACAAAUCUCUAUAAUCCUCUCCAUUCACUCACCGGCCCCCUCCCUUUCUGUUUCUACCUCUUUAUAGGCCAAGGCGUUACUCAAGUUUAUUGAGGCUGUUUCUGAGAAAACUCUUCGUAGCACAGUAGCCAUGACAGCAGCUCGAGGACGGGGAAAAUCUGCUGCUCUGGGGUUGGCAAUAGCCGGCGCUGUGGCUUUUGGGUAAGAUUAGGAGAUGGACAUCAAGCUCAUUGUUAUUACAAUCCCAUUCAUACUUGUUUAAAACUUUUUCAUAUAUAUGCUAUUUGUCAGUUAUAUUAAAGAGAAAUGUGUGUACAGCAACAUCCAACGCUCAGCUUCCUUUUAAAAUAUGAACCUAUGUUAAGAAAGAGUACCCUUGCUUUAAAAAGACUCUUUCAAGAUAAAUGUCUUGCUAUAAUCUUUGCAUAUACACUGUUCUUUGUACAUAGUUCAUAUUAAAUUUCUUAAAGAAAAUCAUUUUUACAAACCUUUAAAAGUGUUUUCUGAAAUUUUAAUAUUUUGUCUUCCACCUUGAAAAAUAAACAUUACCUAUUUUUAAGUUGUCAGUUGAUAAGUUACUUUACAUUUGAAGGGUACAUUUUAGGAGUUAAACAAGUAAACAUCUUCUAAAUUCUGGGACUUUAUUGUUCAGUAAUUUCUAUCAACUCAGGUGAUUUGGAAGCAGUUCUUAUGUAAAUAAAUUGGGUUUGCUGCCCUGUCUAACAUCUUUGGGAGCUCCAGAAGAAGAAAAUAUUGUAAAUUUAAAAUAAAUGCAAUAAUUCAUGACACAUGAGCAGCUUGGACAGAAAUGAUUGCUAUUCCAGAUUUCUUUUAUAUCUUGUGUUUUUCUCUAUUAUUUUAAAGUUACUCAAACAUCUUUGUGACCUCACCAAGCCCUGAUAAUCUUCACACCCUCUUCGAGUUCAUCUUUAAAGGGUUUGAUGCUCUGCAGUACCAGGUGAGCCCGUGUGAUAUGGAAGUAUGUGACAUUGGCUCUUGGGGAGUUGGUUGGCAAUGGUCCUUGCUUGCUAAAAAUUUCCCUCCAUCUCUUGACUGUUGUAGGAACACUUGGAUUAUGAGAUUAUCCAGUCAUUGAAUCCAGAGUUUGAGAAGGCAGUGGUACGAGUAAAUGUGUUCAAGGAGCACAGACAGACUAUUCAGGUAAGGACAUAGCACCCAACUGGAGGCUAAUAAUCUUUUAAUUUCACCAUCUUCACUCUGCUUUGGAUAAGGAACUGCAUACAUUAAGGGUCUUGGGUUACAUGUGGGUGUCUCCCGAGUUGUACAGCUCUUGACAUUGCGCUUAUAGUUCAUAGUAUAUUCCUGACAUGAAGAACCUCUGACAAAAAAAAAAAUAAUAUCUUCAUCCACGCUGUAUGUAUUCUUGGAGCUUAUUACCUUCAUUGUUGUGCUUUUCCUUUCACAGUACAUCCACCCGGCCGAUGCCGUCAAGUUAGGCCAAGCAGAGCUGGUUGUAAUUGAUGAAGCUGCUGCAAUUCCUCUGCCCCUUGUGAAGAGUCUGAUGGGGCCCUACCUGGUCUUCAUGGCAUCAACCAUCAAUGGGUGAGAGUAACAAACCACCUUUUAGAAUCUGAUUUUGGGGGAAGAGAGCAUUGUUGCAAGGAUGAAUUUAGCAUUUUGGCUUUUGAUGAAUGCAUUAUCACUGUCACAUGCAGGCAUGCAUAGUAAAACCUAUUGAGUUUGUGGGUUCUUAUUGUCUAUAUGUCAGAUAUCCCAUAAUAUCCAUUCCUUAAAGGGACAUUCCAGACCUAGUGUGUACAUGGCUUUAUUUUUAUAAAGCGUUCUUUGUAGUAAUAUAAAUCCUUUUUUACCCUGGUGUCUAUCUGGCCCGUAUUUGUUUACAUAUCAGCUUACUCUCUUAUUGCCCAGGUAUGAAGGGACUGGCCGGUCUCUGUCCCUGAAGCUAAUUCAGCAGCUGCGGCAGCAAAGUGCAGACAGUCAGGUCGUUGUGUCUGCUGAAAACAAAUCCUCCACCAGCAACCGGCUGGCAUCAGGUUGGUUUCGUUAAGAGAACAAAAAGGGACUCUGGGAUUCUCUACUAUUUCCUUCAUUUCUACUGGGCACUCACUGAUAUAUUUUCUUCACCGUGACAGAUGCAGUGUUCCGUUUCUGGUUGCAGGUUCCCCGCUGUAGAAACCAUUAAAAAUACUUUUAUCUUUCUCUCUCUGGCUCCAGCUCGUACUCUGCAUGAAGUUUCUCUGCAGGAGUCCAUCCGUUAUGCUCCUGGAGAUCCCGUCGAGAAAUGGCUAAACGAUUUGCUGUGUUUGGACUGUCUGAACAUCACCCGAAUCAUCUCUGGCUGUCCGCUCCCAGAAACCUGCGACUUGUAUCCUUUCUCCAUUGGAAAUUGUAUCUGUGGGUUUUAUAAAAUUUUUAUAUUCCAUUAGAUUUGUAUUAUAUGUGCCGGUGUAACUGGUUUGUUCAGGAAAGUGCAUGAGAACAAAUUACCACUGCUUUGAAGUGGUCAUGGUACUUGGAGUCUGUACGUGCAGGGUCGCAGUAUAAAAUGUAAAUUGCUGCACAUACAGAGACCUUUAGUUUUGCUGUCUGAGGUGUAAGUUCAUGUACCACAGCAUAAUGUUAAAACUGUGCAUAAAAAAGUAAUCAGCAGGCAUAGCUUGCUGUCAGUUGGCGUCAUGGUUCCCCACCCUCCAUGCUGCUCUAGCCCCACCCUCUGCCCUCCUAUGUAACAUCCUCCCAAUGCAGUAAGGUGUAGUGAUGUCACAGAAAGAAGAUUUGGACUGCAGGGGGUGUGCCUGUGUCAGCAAGGGUUACCCUGAUUUUUGUUUGGAGUAACCCUCUAACAAUGUCUUGUUAUUGUUGGUGAGCCUUCAGGGGUCUUGUAAAUUUGCUAAAUCAACCCAUUCCAGGCCACCAUACUGGGUGAGAACAAACAUUUUGGGGCAAUUUCUAUAUUUGUAUGUGUACAUUUGCUGGCUAUUUUGCAUGUACAAUAUGUGGAUUAGUGCUAACUAAAGGUAAAGGAUAACUAUUUCUGUUUAAGAACUAAUAAAAUUUAAGUAAAGAUUUAAAAAAAAAAAAAUUUUUUUGUGUGUGUGUUAGUGCCACUUAGUGUACAUCUAUUGUGUUGCAGGCUCCAAUUUCUAGCACACUGUUGUGUAGCACACCUUUCUCCUUAUUGUAUGUCCCACUGUUACUCCUACGCUGUAUCCUUAACUCUCUAUACAGAUAUUAUGUGAAUCGGGACACAUUGUUUUGCUACCACAAAGCUUCCGAAUCAUUCCUCCAGAGACUAAUGGCUCUCUAUGUUGCUUCUCACUACAAAGUAAGGAAGUCCUGUGUACCCAGGCAAUUUUAUAUAAAAGAACUGUAAAAAUACGAUAUAAACACACACACAAAACGGCAUGCACUCACGGUCUUAGAUGAGGUUAAAAAUGUUUCUUUAUUGAAGUUAUUCCAUUAAAUUUUUUUUUUUUUUUAUUAUUAUUUUUUUUUAUGGAAUAACUUCAAUAAAGAAUUUUUUUUUUAUUUUUUUUUUUUUUAACCUCAUCUAAGAUCGUGAGUGCAAGCAGCUUUUUUUUUUUUCAUAUAUGUAUUUUUGACUAACUAUUGUGCACCCGGCAUUUUGUUAAUUAGUCUGUGUGCAAGGACUUUUUAUUUUUUUAUAUAUAUUUUAUUUUUAUUUAUUUUUUUAUGUCUGCUUUCUAAAAGUAUUUAUUUAACGUUAGCGUACUUCUCCUCCAAGAGAUGUUUUUUAAUACCAUAAAAAGAUUUACCAACAUUUUCCUUUUAUUUAUUUGUUCUAUGGUUUAUUACCCUUAUGUUAAACUUGCAGAAUUCACCAAAUGACCUCCAGAUGUUGUCUGAUGCCCCAGCUCAUCACCUCUUCUGCCUCCUCCCUCCGGUUCCUGCCACCCAGAAUUCCUUGCCUGAGGUUUUGGCUGUUGUUCAGGUAACAAUGUUAGUUUAAAUUCUAAUCCAAUUGCCAUUAUAUAUGAGGUUUUAAUAUGUUUGUAGCGCAACAGUGACCAGCUGAUGCUUGGGUCUUUUCUUAAUCCUCCUGUAGGUCUGUCUAGAGGGUGAAAUUUCCCGUCAGUCUGUCAUGAACAGUCUGUCCCGUGGUAAGAAGGCAUCAGGGGACCUGAUUCCAUGGACUGUCUCUGAGCAGGUGAGAAGCAUGUAUUCUCCGGACCUUGUAUCUUAUAUUUUGCAUUAUAAAAGGGGAAAAAUCCUGUCCUAAUUUCUUUAAUAUUGGACAGUCAGGGAUAGUGAACGUGUUUUGAUCUAUAUCUUAUAGAGAACCAUUUGCCGUUAUGGGCAGUGCCUGAUUUCUGAUAGGUACAGAGCAUGUUUUGAGUAUUCUUGUGGUUGCGUUUGAUCAGAGCUAAAGUUCUUCCACGUUGUUGAUCCCAAAUUUUUUCUUUCCAGUUCCAAGAUCCAGAUUUUGGAAGCCUCUCUGGAGGAAGAGUUGUGAGAAUAGCAGUCCACCCAGACUACCAAGGGGUAAUAAAUUACAUCUUUUUGUAGUGUCCUUGAUUACUUAACAUCUGACUUUUCCUAUAUUUAUUAAGAACCGAAAAUUUGUCUUGCUAGUUAUGAGUUCAUCUCACUUCACUUUGCAUCCUUGUUCUGUCUCCCUGCUUUUUCCAAGGUGCAUCACAUCCGUCUCGUUGUUGUCCAUUAGUCUCGGCACACACUGCUUCUUCUUCAUGCCUUUGCUAAUUUAAAUUGCCUGACCUUUGCCUCUCUCAUAUGUUUUCUAGAUGGGUUAUGGGAGCCGGGCUCUGCAGUUAUUGCAGAUGUACUAUGAGGGACAGUUUCCAUGUCUGGAAGAGAACGCGGCCCAGAAUCCUCAGGAGAUCACCUCCGUAAGCAGUGUGGUUAGUACUCUUAACACAUACAUGAUGAAAUGGUUUUAUUCCUUUUUAAACCCCAUGCUAUUUGUGUCUUAUGAAGACAUUUAAGACCUGCUUAUUCCCUCAGGCUGUGAGCUUAUUGGAAGAAUCAUUGACUCCACGAAAGAACCUGCCCCCACUUUUGCUCCGGCUCAGUGAAAGACCAGCAGAGAAGUUGGACUAUCUUGGUGUGUCCUACGGAUUAACCCCAAAACUGUUGAAGUAAAUAUCCCAAUGGGCUGCAUGCACCUGGCGAUUCUGGUAGUGUUUAGAAAAUUUGGUGACUUACAUUGUAAAUAAAUGCUGUGUCUCUGCAGGUUUUGGAAAAGAGCUGGGUUUGUUCCAGUUUACCUGCGCCAAACUCCAGUAAGUGAUUUAUUUUUUAUUUAAUUCUAUUUUCCCAUCUGAGAAUAGUUUGCGGAGGUGGUGCUUAACAAAUGAUGGUGAUUGGCUGUAUUUUUAAAUCUCUUCAAAUAAUUGGUGCAGAAAUCAAACCCAGAGGAGGAUUACACUUCUCUUAAAUGCCAAUAAAGAUGAUGUACGCAGGGGAUUCAGUGCAAAAUAUAUAUAUAUAUUUGUAUUUUUAUCUUGCUAUGCAGAUACGGGUGACAUUUAGGUCACAAGACAAUGCCCAGUAUGAGUUGACGGCAGUAUUAUUGUGUGGACUACACUACAGACCCUUCCAUUGAGUGUGCUGUGCAUCCAGUAUAAAUUAGUUUCCAUCAACUAAUUCCUACCUUUUUUUUUUUUUUUCCUCUAACUUGUUUUCUAACUGUUUUAUCGUUUUAUCUUCAGAAUGAUCUCACCGGCGAGCAUUCCUGCGUAAUGCUUAAGUGUCUGCAAGAGGAAGAUGAGUCGGAGCAGGAACCGUGGCUGACGGCAUUUUGGAAAGGUGAGUGUUCCAGGAGGGAUCACAGCAAUGUUAGAGGACAAGUAUAUAAGAACAUAUUGGAGAAGAGUUGAUGGAAUUGUAACCUGUUAAGGACCAAUGAUUAUAAUCCUGUACUUACUUUCUAGUUUUUAAAAGUACGCUCCAAGCUCCAUAACCACUACAGCUUACUGCAAUGGCUAUAGUGUUAUGAGACCGCGAAGACCCCCCUUUUAAAAUAAAAGUAGAACUUACACUUAUUUAGAAAUUACACGGAAGGGGUGUGUGUCUGUCUGUUUCUGUCUCUGUCUGUCUCAACAUUCUUAUUAGGUUCAAAAAGUAGACUAAAGUCUGAAUGCUCCGGCUAUAGAGCAUUGCUUUCACAGAUCACUGAAGUUAAAGGAACAUUAUGGUCACCAAAACAACUUUAGCUUAAUUAGAUCAUGUCUUCAGUCUCACUGCUUCAUUCACUGACAUUUAGGAGUUAAAUAACUUCUGUUUAUGAAGCCUGGCCACACCUCCCCUGGAUGUGACUGACACAGCCUGCAUGAAAACAAUGGUUUAAUUUCCAAUCAGAUAUAAGUUAAUUUAAAGGUUUUUAUCUCCUGCUCUGUAAAUUACAUUUUAAUUACAUUCAGGAGGCUCUUGCAGGUAGAAAUUCUAAAUUACACAGAAUUUGCAAUAAAGGAAGUGUAAACAUUAGAUGACUCUUUACAGGAAGUGUUUAGGAAGGCUGUGCAAGUCACAUGAAGGGAGGUGUGACUAGGGUUCAUAAACAAAGGGAUUUAACUCCUAAAUGGCAGACAAUUGAGUAGUGAGACUGUAGAGGCAUGUUUUAUACUCCAAAACUGCUUCAUUAAUCUUAAGUUAUUUUGGUGACUAUAGUGUCCCUUUUAAAGAGCAGGAGGGAAGCCAUAUGGGUUUCUGAUUAUGUGUUUCAAUAAGAAAUGACUUGCUGUAAAACUGUGCUGUGCAGCUAUUGGUGAAGUUCUGCCUUUCUUACUCUCUUGCUGUUGUUGUUUUACACAGAUUUUCGAAGACGUUUCCUGGCCCUUCUCUCGUAUCAGUUCUGUAACUUCCAACCAUCUUUGGCGUUGAAUGUUUUGCAGAACAGAAAUGUGAAGAAGGAAUCUCAGAGUGGUGAGUCUGUCUUUACUGCUGGUUGCUAGUUCUCCUGAACAGCAUUCUUCAUUGUUAACCUGUCACCCUGUACAAUCUCCACAUUUAACGGUCUGUUCAUUCUGCUCACUUAUAUUUAGUAAUCAGCCGCUCGGAGCUAGGGAUGGUCUUCACUCCGUAUGACUUGAAGCGACUGGAGAUGUACUCCCAAAACAUGGUGGAUUAUCACCUUAUCAUGGAUCUCAUCCCUACGGUCAGCCGUCUCUUCUUCUUGCAACAGCUUGGAGAGCUCCAUCUUUCUGCAGCUCAGUCCGUAAGUGUCUUUUUGAUGUAUCUUGCUAGUAUGUUUGUCCCUGGGAUGGUAAUGCUGAAAUGAGCAAGCCAAUUAAAGGGACAUUACGCUAUAUAACCAUUUCAUCUUACUAUAGUGGUUAUGGUGGAAUGAGUCUUUGAGUGCAUUCCCUUUGUUGUCUUUGGGGUUUGGUUUGUUUUUUCAAUUGUUAUUGGAACAUUGAGAGAAACUUAGGCUCUCCUGGCUUAUCUGCUGCCACCUCUGAUAUAUCUUCCUAUAAACUCCAACCAUGUGAUGUAUGUAUGUAUGCAACUGAAAGGGAUGCUCCACUCUCCCCUAGAUCUACCCCCCAAUGACAGCAUGCAUGCAUUUAAAGGAAAACUAUAGCUUUAUGAAUACAAAACAGCUGUCCCUCUGUGUAUUUCUGUAGAUUCUCCCACCACCGCCAUCUGGUGACUCAAAGGUUCAAACUGCAAUGUUUCACAUUACAGGGUUAAGGGGACAGGAGCACUGCACCCAGAUCGAUUUAGUGAGAUAAAGAGAUCUGGGUGCAUAUAGUGUUCCCCUAAUUAUGCAUUUUUAUUUUCUGUGAGGUACAUUUUGAAACCACUUUCAAAAGCUGCAGAUCUGUUUUCUGCUGCCUUUGCAAGCCUUCCCCUUCUUCCCAGUCCAGACUUUCUGCGGCUGUCCAAUAAAAGACUUCCCAAUGUAGCUCAGUGGGGCUCUUGGUAAUUGCUGCCUCUUGGUUAAGCUCCACUGAGCUAAACAACAAGGAAGGAACAGGACCGGCUGUUUGAUUUGCAGCCAGGGGAUUUAACAAGGUUAAUUUAUACAAGUUUACUUUGAAACCUGCACUUCUUCUAAAAUGAAAAAAAAUCAGGUCCCUUAACCCUGCAAAGGUAAUUAUAGCAGUUUUUAUAAAUUGCAAGUAUUACCUCUAUGGGUUAACUCCGUCUCUAUGAAUGAGGACCUGCAACUUCUAUGGAAUCCCCAUAGGAAAGCUGACGGCGGUAAAGUGGAUACGAACCAGUGCCCAGGGACAUGGUAAGUGACAGAAGGGGUCUUGACGCAGGGGGAAGCUAUACCUGUUUUCCUGGCACUUUAAUUUCCCUUUAAAGUGCCCUAGUUGUGUGGUGUGUUCCUUUAAACAGAAGAGUGACUUUUGUAUAAAUGUUGCAGCUGCAUCUUUGAAUUGCAGUAUGAGAUUAUCUAUAAACUUAUUUAUUUUAUUUUUUUAUAUCCAGUACUUCUAUAAUUUGUUUCCCCUUUUCUGUUAUAACUGCUAACAUAUAAUUUCUUAUAAUCUGCUCUUAUCCACACAGGCUCUGCUUCUGGGUAUUGGCCUACAGCACAAAACAGUGGAUCAACUGGAGAAGGAAAUUGACCUGCCUGGCAGUCAGUUAAUGGGUCUAUUUAACCGCGUCAUCCGUAAAAUGAUCCAGGUAAGUGGUCGGAGAGUUUAAUAUCUGGUGCAAAAAAGGGCUUGGGAGGGUUGUCCUAUGUUAUGUAUAUAUUGCUCUGGUUUUAUAGAGGAAUCCUUUAUAAAUCACUUUACUUAAUAGAAAAAUGAAUGUAAUGUAUGCAGGAUCAGAAAAAUCCCUUUUGAUGAUGAUCCUAGCAGGUCAUGCCUGAUUGGUUUAUAUAGAUUCUCCUGUUACGUUACUAACCUGGUACGAAGUUGAUCAUUUACCAGCCAGUGGUCCAAUUACCAGUUUACUCUGUGCGGUAGUUCAGAAUCCAUUAUGUUGGAUUGUUAUGGAAUUUAUAUCUUCCAUUUUCAAAGUUUAUGGCUUUUUUGGUUUUCUUUUUGUUGAGAGUAUUAACAUUUCGUGUGAUAAGCAGUUGUCUAAUGCAGCAUUAUUGAAUGAUUUGCCAGGGGAUAAUAGUGUCGCAAGAACUAGUAAACUUCACAGAACCGGGUAUUAAAUAAAGUUCUGUGUUGUAAGGGAUAAUAUGGCCAAGUAGUGAUAGGGAUGUAUUUAUUAAAAAAAAAACACUAAACCGUGAAUGUUGGUGAUUUGAAAACCUUAUUUAGGUCAAAGUGGGGAGAAAAAAAGCUUACUUACAGAAUUUUUCUAACACUAAUAUUCCUGCAAAAUUGUUGCAAAUUGGUUUUCAAUGCUCUUCGAAUUCAUUAUUUUAGUUUUUAAACCUUUCUCUAUAAAUACCCAUCAAGGCUUUCUUACUGCAAAUAUUUCUCGGAGUUAUUUUUAGGUAGUCCGGGGAGCCGAAUGGCACAGUGCUUAUGGAGCAAUUGCAUAGAUAUGUCUGUGAUUACCUGCUGAAGCAAAAUGGAUACCUUUUGGCGUUUAUUCAUAAAAUGUGCCCACACUCCAUGCCUUAUAAGCAGCUAAAUUGUAUCUUUUUGAUUCUCCCAAACUUUGCUAUAAAAUGUUCCUGAAGUUAUCCAGUUGGCAUACUAGUUUAAAUUUGGCUUUUAUAGAAAGCAGGUUGAUAUCUCCAUAUUCACUGUGGCUUUGUAACACUCAUUUUGUCCUUCUCCAGCUGUUUAACAGAAUCCAAGAGAGGGCCAUCGAAGACGAGAUGGGCACUGCCAAAGAGGUUGUCAUGGAACCCACAUUGAAAUCUCUUAAUGAGGAUUUGGUAAGUUGUUUUUUUUCCCAUGUAGGAUAUAGGUGGUUAUUUUAUGUGAUCUCUUCCACAUUCUGUGCUGACAUCAGACUUCAUUCACUGACUUUUUGCUCCCACAAUCAGGAGGAGGCAGCUAAAGAAUUUCAAGAGAAACAGAACAAGGAGAUGGAGAAACUAAAAGGAGUCGACCUAUCCCAGUGAGUACCGUAUAUACUGGUGUAUAAGUAGAGUGCAGUUUUGAUACCAACAAUUGUGAAAUAUGCUAUGCCUCGUGGAUAAGUCGAGGGUAAAACUUGGGGCUAUGAAAUUCUGUGAUUUUUAUAAUUAUAUACACAUACACACACUCAUACAAACACUCUGCAUUACACACACCCUGAAUUAUACACACACACACACACUCACACACUCUGAAUUAUACACACACUCAUACACACACCUUGAAUUACACACACACACACACUCUGCAUUAUACACACACUUAUACAAAAACACACUCUGCAUUAUAUACACACUCAUACAAACACACACACUGCAUUAUAUAUUCACACACUCGUACAAACACACACGCUGCAUUAUAUAAUGCAGUGUGUGUGUAUAUAUAAUGGAGAUUGUAUGUGUGUGUGUGUGUGUGUGUGUAUACAAUGCAGAGUGUGUGUUUGUAUGAGUAUUUGUGUGUGAACUGGGUGGGGGAGGGCAUUUUUAUUAUUUUAAAUUUUUUUUUAAAUUUUUUAUUUUAGUAUUUAUUUUAUUUACUUUUUUAAUUUUACAUUUUUUUUAUUUAAUUUUUAUUUUCGUCCCCCCUCCCUGCUUGUUAGCUGGCCAGGGAGGGGGACUCUCACUCCCUGGUGGUCCAGUGGAUGGGCUGUGUAGGAGGGGGCUGGCAGAGAGCUGUUACUUAUCUUUCCUGCAGCUCCUGUCCGCUCCCUUCUUCUCCGGUCCGGUCAGCUCCACUGUAAGUCUCGCGAGAGCCGCGGGGUCAGAGCGUUGCCACAGGUCACCGUGGCAACGCUCCGCGCGGCAGUCACACCGCGAGACUUACAGUGGAGGAGAAAGGAGCUGACCGGAGCACAGGAGAAGGGAGCUGACAGGAGCUGCAGGAAAGGUAAGUUACAGCUCACUGCCAGCCCCCAACAGGACUGCCGGGCUUGUAAUGAGCCCGGCGGUCCUGGUCUGUAUUAUGUUAGUUGCCAUAAGACAGACACUAACUCGAGUAUAAGUCGAGUGAGGGUUUUUCAGCACAAAUAAUGUGCUGAAAAACUAGACUUAUACUUGAGUAUAUAUGGUAAUUUCUAAAUCCACAUCGUAAGACCUUGAGCUGUGAUCAAGGCUCAAAAGGGGACCUACCAGGAGUUUUAAUAUUCUUUACUUAUCCAUAUGUGAUGUGUGAAAACCCAAAUUUAGAAAUCCUGUAACUGGGUACCUCCAUCUUGGAUCUGUAGCCAUCAUUCUUAUAAACUGUCCUUUGCACCCAGCAUAGAGAUAACAGCAUACAGAGGAGAAAUUAGACAGUUUCCGUUUCCCUUCUACAUUUGCCAUGUCUCGUGACUUAAAUUGUGACAUCUUUUGAUAUAAAUUUAAAAGAAAGCAGAGCAAUACAGGAAAAAUAAAAUUAACAUAAGUCAUAGGUCACUUUCCAUAUUUUGCUCAAUUGUAAUUCCAGAAACGUGACUUUCAAAGAGACUUCUCUAGACCACUUUGGCCAAGUUAACAGUAUGGAUGAAAGUCCUAGCCAUUUGUGACAUUUUUACCUGUGGAUAUUUUUACAGGUAUGCAAUCAGAGGUCAGGCUGAAGAAUGGAAUGAAGUCCUGAAGAAGACUGGGAAACAUGCGUCCAUUAUCAGUGUGAAGAGGUAGGUCUCACUGAUCCUCUUGCCUCUAUUUUUAAUCCCCACCAUGUGUCAUUUUUAGUUUGCAGAAUUAUCUUGUUUAGAUUGUUCUUGAUCAUAAAACAUUUGGUGGUGAUUCUAGUACUUUUUCUGUAUAUGGCUUAAAGGAAAUAACCUAAAUUCUCUCUUAGUGACAAGAAAAGGAAAUUGGAACAACCAGAGAAGAAUGCGGCCAAACAGCAGAAAAUGUUUAGGAAAAACAAAGACAACAAGCAGAAGCGUGGAAAAUGAGCAGCUGGACCUCUGCUUGGAUAAAGUUGUGGACUCUUCUUCUAUUAUGCAAAGUUUGAGUGAUAUUUGCUCCCCAACAUCUAGCAAGAGCAAGGUGGAGAACACGUGGGUCGUGCCUUAUUGACCAUCAGUCAUAAUGUAUAUAGGAUGCUGCGAAUGUUUGUUUCGUUGUGUAAGAAAUAAACUGAAUUAAAACCUCUCCUCCUGUCUCCUCCAAAAAAAAGAAGCUACGCUGGAUUAGAAGCACAGAUUUUCAUCCGAAUUCGGAACAAUUCUAGUUUCCAACUGCUGGAACGGUUUGCAUUUUGCCCAGAACACCAUCCUAAGAAGAUAAACUGCAAUAUUCCUCCCACUGUAUAUUUGUUAGGGAAAUACUCAAAUUAAAAUAUAUAUAUUUACACAAAGGAGGUAAUGUAUAAAGGUGUUACCCAGAGAAAUUCUAAAACAGGAGCAAUUUGCAUAAACAUUCCAUUGGUUUCCAUAGAGACAGCUCCACUUUUAGCCCUCACUUAAUGAGACAUUUUAUUUAAUGUUAUAAAUAGCUUUGUUAUUUUUGUUCACGAGUCCAAUAGGACACCAGUUUUCAUUAAACAUUCUGUGCUUGCAGAUUUACAGCGACAAACGAAAGGCAAAUUUCUCUGUUAAUGAUUUCACAGAUUUUUUUCUUUAACGGAAUAAAAACAAAUUACAGACCAGAUGUGGUGGGAUGUUUCAUUUCUCAUUUAUUUUAGUGCCUCUUUGGGUAAUCCACUUUGUUGGGAUUAUCUAUAAGGUGCAAAAAAACAAACUCCUUAUGCAACUGAGUUUGAAACAAUAGAACUAUAUAAAAUCAUUAUGGCACUCAGAGCUCCUGCCUGUCUAAGGAUCACUUUCAGACUCUUAAUCGGUAAUUGGCGGCUCUUGAUGUUGGUUAAAUCCACGUUAGAACUGUACAGGUGAUUUAGCCGUAUGAACAAGGUUUUUAAUCCUUCUCUAUCUAUAUAGAUAAUUACAUACAUCUCAUUCUUCUACCAUCGUUUGAACUACAUUUGGUCUUUCUAUCAGACCCCAAGAAGUUCUGCACAUGCUCCUAUCAGUUUGUGCAAUUAAGUUUUUCUGUAACCAGUACUUGUUGCAAUCCCCUCUACUGGCUUUAACAUUCAUUCUUUUAGCUUCACACAGAACGUAGGAUAGCAGAUAGCUCUGUGAUGCGUAUAGAUAUAUGGUACAAAUGAUUCCGGUCACUUUCACACACGACAUGAAAUAUAAACAUCCUUGAUCCGGUUGGUCAGUGUGAUUUGCAGGUCAUUUAGAGUGUCCAAACCCUGUAACUUGCUGUUGCGUCCAUUUAUGAGCUGUUUGAAGGAGUCCUGCUCCAGCAUAGUCUUCAUAUUCUGGAGAAAGUAUCCUUCGCAGAAUACGGUCAGUUCUGGGGCAUUGUGGAUCUGAAAGACAAAGCCAGACGUUCUCAG